GCGCACAGGUGAUGAAAGACCCUGUCAGCGGUGUAUCAAGCGUGGGUUGCAAGAUGCAUGUCAGGAUGGGGUCCGGAAAAAGGCGAAGUACCUCCAUGAUGCGCCCGACGGAGCCUUGAUGCCGGGUAUCGGUGGAAACUUCUACAACAAUCCCCUGCGCAAUAAUAGUUUGCCGUUGUCAAGAAACGGCGCCAACGCCGUCAACGCGGCCGCGCCGCCGAACUCUGGAGCCAACUUCUAUCCAACUCCCCAAUCUACGUCCUACAAUGUCUACCAAGAGAACCCAAUGAACCAGGCCUCGUUCCCAUCGCAGUCGCCCGUCUCACCGUCCUACAAUCUGAAGGCCACUCCUACCGUUCGAAACAGCAGCCUUCCGUCAGUCAAUCAACAGCCAACGACCACGAGUGCUUCGGGUCCGCCUACCCAGAAUCCCAACCCGUUCGCCGGUCCAUUCUUCGAUCCCAGUGACCCCGCCUUAUUCAACUUUGAUCUUUCUAGCAUGAACUUCGAAAACCGGUACGGUGCGCUGGAGUUUGGUAUGCUGGGACACAUGGCGACAGGUGCUGGGGACUCGCCUAGCGAUUCAGCCACGCAGCGCGGUUCUAUGGGUCGCAGUGGCUCUGCCCAGUUUGCGUCGACUCCAAUCACCGGAGGGCCGGGGUUCGGGGAAAGUCCCGGCAACCAGCAGCCGUUCAUGUUCGGUGACCCGCUAUUAAACGAAUGGCCGAACAGCCAGGCUCCGGGCAAGGCGCAUGUUAAUGUUCCCAGCGUCUACCCUCAGUCUAGUCAAGGGAACGUGAUACCCGGACACUUAUCCAAAGCUGAUGCGCCUCAUGCGUUUGCGAUCGAAAGCGGCCCGGGCCAUUUCAACAGCCCUGGCGCAACAACUAGUCCUCAAAUGACGAGCGGCUUCGAAGAGUCUCCGUUUAGCGCCGCUGUUGCUAGUAAGGCGAAUGGCCUGGUUCCAACCAAUCAACGACCCGCCAUCACGACACCCAGUCUGAAGCACCAGAAUCUGCAUGUGGGAGUGCGCCGGCGACAAAGGAAUCCAUCCUCGAUCUACGAGAGUGUAAAGGAGCCCUACGCAUAUACUAGUCGCUUCCACAAUCUCACUGCCUUCAUUCAACGGAGAUUCCCUCCUCAGAAGACCUUACAAAUCGCCAAGGCGCUGGCAUCAAUUCGACCCUCGUUCAUCGCGACAACAAAGACGUUAAACAGAGACGAUCUCAUUUUCAUGGAGAAGUGCUUUCAGCGGACCCUUUGGGAGUACGAGGACUUCAUCAACGCUUGCGGAACGCCUACGAUUGUCUGCCGUCGGACGGGUGAGAUUGCCGCGGUGGGCAAGGAAUUCAGUAUUCUGACCGGGUGGAAGAAGGAUGUGCUUCUGGGCAAGGAGCCAAAUUUAAAUGUGAAUACGGGGGGCACAUCGGUUCCAAGCUCAGGGGCCUCCUCCCGCAGUUUCACUCCGCGCGGGUCUGCGGGCGAGAAUCAAACCCCAGGGCGGCCGCACCCCGUCUUUCUUGCCGAAUUACUGGAUGAUGACAGCGUGGUGCAAUUUUACGAAGAUUUUGCCCGCUUGGCGUUCGGAGACUCCCGUGGCAGUGUGAUGCGGACAUGCAAAUUGUUAAAGUACAAGACGAAAGAGGAUAUGGAGUUGGCAUCAGAAGACAACCAACGAUGGAACAAUCACCUGCGUAAGGGUGGAAUCGCUAGCGAGGCUGGAAUGAAUCAGCUGGGGUUCAAGGAUGGCAAGGUUGACUGCGCCUACUGCUGGACAGUGAAGCGCGACGUAUUCGACAUUCCAAUGCUGAUUGUGAUGAACUUUCUUCCGUGCAUCUGAUUUGUGCAUGAUGAUUGAAUGGUUGUCAGAGUCAUGGCCCAUACUGCAUACUUCGAGAUGUUUAUUGCUUGUCUGCUAUUUCU